UUUUCACAGUUAUCGCAAUCGCAGUGCCUGUAAAUUCUAGAAUAAAAAGCAAACAACAUAAAAUCAUUUGUAUUUUUUGUCCAAGUAAAACACAACAAAUUCAACGAGCAAACGUGCAAAAGUGAGAAUUCAUCAAUUCCAAUACUGUUUCGGCCAAAUUACGCAUAAACUACAGACGACGCCGCAGCGCUUCACGAAUUUCAUCACAACAACAAAAUGUUGCUAAGAUUCGCAUUGUCGACGGCUGCUCGCCCCAGCAGUCUCCUCGUGGGAAAGUCAUCGCAGGCUCUGCUCCAGGCCAAGCCCAGCCUCAACAGCGUGCGCAACUAUGCACGCCAAACCGUUCGCUCCACCCGCGCCCCCGUCGAGCAGGCCCGCGCUCCCACACUGAAGGAGAAGCUGAUGGCGCCUCCAAGUGCCAACGCUUACUCGAUGGGCAAGGGCGCUGCAGCUGGCGCCGCUGUCGUCGGACUUGGAGCCCUUUGCUACUACGGCGUCGGCAUGGGCAAGCACACAAGCAUUGCGGACAACGCCAUCAUGUGGCCACAAUAUGUCAAGGAUCGCAUCCAGUCCACUUAUGGCUUCUUUGGCGGCUCCUGCUUGCUGACCGCCGCUGCUGCCGCUGGCGUCUUCCGCUCCCCGCGUCUCCUCUCCUUGGCCUCUCGCGGUGGCUUGAUGGUGCGUGAGCUAGCAAAAAGAACCUAUUCAGCAGCAGGCUGCAAAAUCACACCUGAAAGGGCGACAAUUGCGCAGCCAAAGCAACAACAACAACAGCAGCAGCAGGGCCAAGUGUCUGAGGAGGACUUGACCGAAAUGGAACGACGCUACCUGAAGAAUCCGUUCGCCGACUUUGCAGGCGGCGAAAAUACGCCAUUUGCCAGCGAUGACGAGCACAUCAAGACCCUGAUCUGCACCUAUGUGGACGCCAUACUGGAGCACUGUCAUCCCAACAGCGACGAGGAGGACAAUCGUGGGGAUCUGUAUGUGGGCAACGCUGGCAUUGCGUACAUGUUCUGGAAACUGCAGAGCUCUGAACAGACUCGUGAUCUCUAUCCGGCUCUGGAGCAUGCCGCCGCCUUUAUACGCAAUGCCAAAUCGAAUGCCAAACGCUAUAAGAAACGUUCCGCCGAACGCUAUUCGUUUCUCUGCGGCAAUGCUGGCAUCUAUGCGGUCUCCGCAGCCAUUUCGCAGGCGGCCAAGGACACCGAGGAGCUGUCCAAUGACCUGGCCAACUUCAAGUCGGGCAUACCCUCGAGCAAGGAGUUCAUGCACACCAAAUACGGCUGCGAUGAGGUGCUGGUGGGACGUGCUGGCUAUUUGUCCGGCUGCUAUUGGCUCAACGAUGUGCUGCCCGAGAAGAAGAUCACCGACGAUGAUCUCGUCUCCAUUUGCCAGCUAAUCAUCACCAGUGGACGCGAAUACAGCAAGAUAAACAACUCACCGUUGCCACUAAUGUAUCAAUACCAUGGCACCGAGUACUUGGGUGCUGCCCACGGACUCUGCUCCAUACUCCACAUGCUGUUGGACAGUCCCUGGUUUCGCACCGUUCCCAUUUCGGCGCCCGCUGCCGAGUUGCGCGAUAUUAAGCGAUCCAUCGACUAUUUUCUGGAGCUGCAAGAUUCCGAGGGCAAUUUCCCCGUGGCUCUGGAGGAUUUACGUUCGGGUCGUGAUAAGCGUUUGGUGCACUGGUGUCAUGGCGCUCCUGGCGCUGUCUAUGUGAUGGCCAAGGCCUAUUUGAUCUUCAAGGAGGACAAGUAUUUGAUUGCCUUGCGUCGUGCCGCCGACUUGGUCUGGAAGAAGGGAUUUCUGCGCAAGGGGCCGGGCAUCUGUCAUGGCGUUGCUGGCAACGGUUAUGUCUUUCUGCUGCUCUUUCGCCUGACCAACGAAAUGAAGUACCUGUAUCGGGCGCACAAAUUCAUGGAGCUGCUAACGAACUCGGAGUUCAAGCAGCGCGCUCGCGUUCCGGAUCGUCCGCAUAGUUUGUAUGAGGGCGUCGCCGGCACCGUUUGCUUUCUGGUGGAUCUGCUCGAGCCGGAGCAGGCGCACUUUCCCUUUAUGGAUGUUUUCCACUAAAAUGGGGAAUCCAAUUAUCCCCUCCCCACACACACACACACACACAUCCAUUUAAAUCACACACCUCAAAAGAAAUCAGGGAGUUCGCAUUCGAUUUUCUAGUCAUACUCAUAAUUUAUGUUACUUUUUGAUUUAGUUUUUAAGUUGGUUCUCUUGUUGACCAACAUCAGAUCUCAGCGCCCCAUUCCCACUCAUCAUCAAUCAUCACCCAAGCCUCUCUUUAAUCACAAUCACAAUUGUGUGCGUGGCGCCAAUCAAACCGAACGCAGAAUGUUGAUGAUCAUUCUCAUAUCAAAAUUCUCUGUGCUUUAAGCUAAGCAAUUAAAUAAUAAUAAUUAUAUUAAUAUGCAUAAUAUUCAUAUAUAUAUAUAUAUACAAUACGAUAUACAAUAUAUAUUUAUAUACAAUACUUACGGAUACACACAAACAUCUAUAUAUAUAUAUUAAUAUACUGUGCUUUAUACCUUACGAGUAAACUCCAUUAAGAGCUCCAAAAUUCGAUUGUCAAUAAAGAUACAAUUUAAAUCACC